AUGAAAUCCAACGUGUCGGCCUGUGCUCCGGGAGCGGGUGGCGCCGGCUCGGCUUCUGAUGCCGGCGUGUGCGGGGUGGAGAGGGUGGAGAGCUGCGUCCGCCGGCGAAUGGCCGCCAACGCCCGGGAGAGGAGACGGAUGCAGGGACUCAACACCGCCUUCGACCGGCUCCGCAAAGUGGUACCGCAGUGGGGGCAGGACAAGAAACUUUCCAAAUACGAAACGCUGCAGAUGGCCCUGAGCUACAUCAUAGCCCUGACCCGAAUACUGACCGAGGCUGAACGCUACGGCAGCGACCGGCGCUGGAUUCACAUCCAGUACGAGCACAUACAGGCGAGCGAGAACAUUCAGACUUACGUGGGACAGGCACCAGAGAAAAAAGACUGUUACACAGACAGCAUCUUCCCAUUCAACCGCGACACCUUCCAGAUAGUCAACUAA